AUGAAAGGUUCUGAAACUAUUCGUUUGAAUAGACCACCAGAGCUCUCAGAAUACACAAUUAAUGAUGAUAAUUCCACCAGUUCCUCUUCCGAUGACGACCAUGACACAAUCCCACAAACUAUGGAAAGGACAGUAUCUCAUGGUCUACAUGGAUUUACCAACAUGUUGGGGUUUAGCAGGUCUAAAAGCUCAUCGUCGAUAAAUGAGCACAGAGGUUGGAAUAUUUUCAAAAAGGAGAAAACGACAUCAACUUCCAACAGUUCAAUACAUGGAGAAUCUCAAAAUUCAGGUUCUGAGAAUAUACAAAAAGAGCAAAGUUGGUGGAGGAAAUCCGUUCAUAGGUCAAGACCAAGUACUGUUCCAAACUCAAAUAUUAACCUUUUUGACGAGUCAAUAUCAGCGGAAGAAAAUAUGAUUCUCUCAGCAAAUCAUAAACUUGAGACUAUGUUACACGACUCAUUUGAAAACGUUGUUGAUAACAGUGCUAGUCCUACAAAGAAUUUAGACGAGGACUCUGACUAUUCUGAUGAUUCUCAACUGGAUUCAUUGCGUGAAGCUUCAAGAAUUAUCAAGGAGAGAUUAAAUGUCGUGUCUGAAAAUGAUAGCCCAGUAACACCUCCAAAUGAACCAGUCAUGCAAGUUCACUUCAAGCCUCCGGUCAAUGAAACUUCUAUAUAUGACUAUAUCUAUGAAUCUCCAAAUGCUAAGAAUACUAAGAAUAUUGAUCUCAUGACUGUGGAUUCAAACUCUGUAACAUUUGGCAAAUUUCAAAGAAUUGCCUCUUGUUUGAAGGAUAGUGAUGACUACCUUGAAGCAGAUCAGUCUAUUAUCGCUGUUUGUGAUUAUAUUUUGACUCUUGCUAAAGAAAAUAAGGAAAAGCUUUUCAAUUUACAGUCAGGUAUCAGCACGGCAAAGGAAGAAGAGAAAACUGUUGAUUUGUCUGAACUAGAUGAACUAACUAGUAAAUUAGAAGAAAUAAAAAGCAAAUAUGAUGCUUGUAAUGAACAACUCGAUGGUUUAGUUACAGAGAAUGACGGUUUAAAAAGUAAAUUGAAAGAAGUUAUUGAAUUUAAUAAUAUUUGCAAGCAAUUCUUCGUUGAAUAUAAAGGACAGAUUGCCCAACUAUAUCAACAAGUUAAUAAUGAGACUAGUAAAAAUGAAACGUUGAAGGAAAUGCAAGAAAGGAUAGCUAAAGAAUAUGAGUCCGAGAAGAACCGUAAUGUUGAAUUAGCCGAAAGCUUGGCUCUUUCGCAGGAAGUACUACAAGAUAUGGAGAAGAGAUAUUUGGAAACAGUGAAUAAGAUAUCGGAUCCUCAAUCAUUGCAGAACAUAUCUGUUCUUGAAGCAGAAAAUGCUGCUUUAAAAGAAACUAUCGAAAAAAUUACUAAGGGAAAUAACAGAAUUGUAAAGGAUUACCAAAGGGAACGUAAAAAGGUGCUUGACUUGAGGAAACAGAAAGAUUCGACUGGAAAAUAUAUUGAUGGUAUGCUAUUGUUUCAGAACCAUUGUAUUCAAUUUCUAACGCAAUUCAUUAUGUCUUUUAAAGCAGUAAUUGAACCUUCAGAUUUUAUGUUAAUCGAACAACAAUUGUUUCAUGUUUCAUCUUUUAGUCCACUAUCACAGAAGAGUUUGGAAUUCAGGUCUGAUAAGGAAUUGUUGGCUCAGUUGCAUGCUUUUGAAACAGGUACAACAGACUUGUUUCAAAACCUUAUCAACAACACCCUUGUUCAAGCAGUUAAGAAAUUUACCAUUGAACAAAAUUCAAAUUCUUUCCUUACCUCACAAUUGCGCAUAUUGCGUAAAGAGUCUACAGAAAAAGAUCAGUACAUUCAAACUAUCUUGCACGAUACUAAUAAUUUAAAGCUGAAGUUGAGAAAAGAAUGA